CCGAAAAGUUAUAUAAUUCCACCUUCCACGGUUCCACCCCCACCCACGUUGCUUCAAAAUUUGGUCGACCAAUUCCAUGUAGUUAUCACAUAGGAGCCCUGCCACUUUAAUUUCCACAUGUUACAUAUAUCUUCUAUUUAUCUUCAUUUCCAAGUCUCCAUUAAUUCACCCUCAUGCUUCUCUCAUUACUCAUCAUUUUCUCUCUUUAUCCCACUAUUUAACAUUCUGUUCUCUAAGCUUUUUCUGUCAUAUUUUUUUUGGUACGUGCCCUUGGUGUGUUUAUUCUUGUCUUUAUUUGUUAGGAUUGGAAUUUUAAAAUUCGUAGUGAAUUUUCUAUAACCCAUGUAACUGUUUGAUUCUUUUUAUUUAAUUAAUUGCUUUCAAUAUCUCUGUCUUCAAAGUUUUUGCAAUGGCAAUUGAGCUGUGUUCAUCUGAUGAGUCUACUUUGGGCAUAAUGAGUCCGGCUCGGAUCUCCUUUUCUCAUGAUGUUUCCCAAACGGGCUCUGUUCCGGUCGAACAAUACAUUCGAUCAACUUCACCUUCCUCUAGCAUUGAUUUUGAUUUUUGUGUGUUUCGUGAAAGUUUUGAUCUUGAAUCUUCAUCUGCUGAUGAACUUUUCUUUGAUGGAAAGAUUCUUCCAAUUGAAAUCAAGCGAAGAAUUUCCUCUGCUCCGCCAAGAAAAGCAGAGCAACCGCUACCACCACCAUCACCUCCUCUGAUUCCGUGCAAGAAUAGUAGCACUAACAAUACUCUUCAUUGUACCAAAACGUCGAGCCAUGAAGAUAUAAUUGAAAAUAAAACAGGGAUUCUCGAAUCAUCAGAGGAAAAGCUGAAUUCGAAGUCGUUUUGGAGAUUCAAGAGAAGUAGUAGCUUAAAUUGUGGAAGUGGUUAUGCAAGAACUUUGUGUCCAUUGCCACUUUUAUCGAGAAGCAAUUCAACUGGAUCAUCUCCAAGUGUGAAGCGUAACUCGACAUUAUCAAAGGAUAAUUUAAGUCAUCAAAAGCAUCAUCACUCUCAGAGACACUUUUCGAAAUCAAUGUCUACUAAUGGUCAAAAUUGUCAAAAGCCUCCAUUGAAGAAGGCACCUAGUAAUCCAUACAGCAAUGGAGUUAAAUUCAGUCCAGUACUAAAUGUCCCUCCAGCAAAUUUGUUUGGAUUAAGCACUUUCUUUUCCGGUAGCAAGGAAAAGAUCAAGAAGAAGUGAUUGUUCUCAUCCGUCUUAGUAUUGAUAGACAGAGCUACCUUAUAUUUAUUGGUGGUGAAAUGUGGCAAAUUUCUCGAAAAAUUAGUUGAGGUGCAUGAAAGUUGAUUAAAGAACUACAAGAAGUGAUUAAAGAGCAAUAUUUGCUUUAUUAGUUUCCAAAAUUAGCAAAGUUUGGAAGGUGUGAUUGUUUCUAAUAUAAUUUAAUUCAUGAAAAAUAAACUUCAAUCACAAAUAAAAAUAUAAAGAAACAAAAGUUUUAUUGAUAAA